AUGGCUUCCUUCGGUGGCCAGUUCCCAGACGGGCGCAACCAGCCGCGAAAUAUGCCUGGCUCAUUUCCACAACAGCUUAUACCAGUCGAGUCUCUCUCUGAAUAUGAUGUUCAGGAGAUACUUCCAGAUGGUCGAGAAAUCCUUGAGAAACCUUUGACUCCAGCAGAGCACUUUCAGCAAGUGCUUAACCACAUCGAUUUCACCAAGUCCUACGAUGAUAGCGCUGGAUCGGAUGAAACGGAAAUUCAAAGUAGGGCUUCAGAGCGCGCAGUGUCAAAAAUGUGGAACAGUCUUCGAGAAGCUGUAAGGAUGGCCCUCACAGAAAUACGUGCAUUCGUAGAUAUACUUGCGGUGAUCAAAGAGGAAAAAUAUCUUUCACUUUUCCCUAUUUCCAACGACCCUCCAGAAUUAAACCUUCCUCUUCUCUUUUCGGGCAAGAAAAGGGCCCUGGCUUCGGCUGCUGAAGUUUUGCUGAAAGGGACAGAGAGGUUGCGCCGUCGUCACUCUGAACUGGCUGAUGCCAGGUUGAGAGCUUCGACAUCCUCAAGUGAUCGCAAGAAAAACACCUUUCCCUCCGACAACUUUCAUACGACAUUGAUGCAGUUGCGGCAAGAAUGGAGGCUCAAGCUGCACCAAAAUUCCGUUAUUGGCGAUGUUAGUUUACGGUCUAUCGGAUCACGUUUCCGAGAAUCCGGUACUUUCGAAAUUCGGGAAUCUGACCUAAUUGCUGAUAAAAUUGCCGGAAACAGUCUCACCCAACCAGAACCGGAUGGUGGAGUGGAGGUUGUCUUCGCUCGCUCUGUUGAAGCGUUAUUGAACAGUACUGUGGAACCAAAUCUUUUGGUCUGUUUUCUGGAGACGGGGAUUGAUUCGGGACCCAUAUCACUAUGGGACCAUGUACUAAAACUGGAGCUACAAGAUUGCAACACAUCUUCAGAGACAAUUGCGAAUAGAAACUGCACUGGAAGGUUAAGCCAACGAGAACGGUUAGUGAAAACCCAACGCUUGCUGGCCUGCAGAGAGAUUCUUUUCACUUUGGCGUCCGAGUCCUCCGGUUUGAACCCUCAGUCUGGUCUGUCUUCGUCGGAUUGUGUGUCGUUUGCCACUCAGGACCAACUCAUUACGAAUAUAUUCCCUGGAGUCCAAGUCGUAAUUGGUUUUGACACGAGACCAUCAGUCCCCGAUGAUCUAGAUCACCAAGUAGAGAAUGUGAAACCUGAGAUUUCGCCAGUUAAGGCCGCUCAUCUCUCGCCCUCACCCAAACCGAUUCGCACAAUUCGUUCGUUGGGCUUGCAGCUACAUCGGUUGUUGGCAGCGCAACAUCGAGUAGCAUGGUCCAAUCUUGCAAGCCUUCCACAAAGCGCUUGUGGCCCAGUGCAAGUUCCGGCGCAUCACCGUGCAGCCGGAGCUCACGCCCUACCGGCCACGUAUUUCAGUCGCAGUGUGGAUGCGGACAGUUCAGGUUUCUCAAUCGCAGUUGCCGGCGUAGCUGGGUUUGCAGGUCCGGCUGCUGCCGCUUGGUCCUCUCUAAAUCUUGCUCCCCGUUCUCGCGGUUCGGAAUCUACCGCACAUGUCAGUCAGCGUCUGGCUCCCGUUUCCAUCACACAAGAUAGGUUGGCUCUCUUCACCGAAUGGGGUUCCAUGCCUUGUGGAUCUCAAACGCAAUCCUUGCCCACGAUUUCUUUACUAUCUGCGCCCAAUCCGUUUGAUGAUUCCGUGCAAGCAGCUGCAACAGUUGCCUCGGUGGAACACAUGCUUUCCCGUAAGAAGGCUGAUGAUGGCGCUAUCCAAAGUGUUGUUGGUUCCACAGCGUCAUUGUUUGACAAAACGAUUGCCAUUUGCAAGCAUUAUUUUCUGCGCGAAAAGGUAUCAAAGCUGUUAUCCGACUUCUUGCAAACGACCCCUGUGCGUAUGACUGUCCAUUGGGAUGCCAUCAAUUCCGCAGUCUUAUCCUCCGCCCGAAUCAGCUUCCAUGCGGUGAACUACGAUGCCUACCGUUUAUGGCUCGGAUUGUCUGUGUCUCAUACGGGUAUCACUGUUUUCUAUCCCGACCCACCACGGUCGCUGUACCUGGGGACUGAUAUGCUCAGACUUCGACACUUACUGACCAAACAGGUGAUACACACUCAAAUGCAUGCAUUGGACCUACUCAUCACAAAAAUUCUUGGGUGGUCUCAACUUGGCAGCAAUUCCUCUUCUGGUAUCUGCGGUCUGGACGAGGCAGAUGAAGGACCCACUCUGGUGAAGAUGUUUGCUUCACCUUCGGGACAAAACUUCGUUUGCAUUCGCGCCGGAUCGUCGAGUGGUCUUCGCCUCUUCGUCUCCACACCCACUGCACGUGGGCCGUCAGAUAAUCACCGCCCCGUCACCGACAUCGGCCAGUUCCACUCAAUAAACAAUCUAUUUCGGGAAGUCCGCCUAUGUGAUGUUCGGAGUGGGCCACAUGACGUCGCUCGUAUAGAGGCUGUUAUGACGGCUCUAUCCUAAACUCGUGCCAAUGCCCCAUCUGUAUUAUGUGUAAAUAUUUCUUCAAUAUUCCGCACUAUGAUAAAAAAUUUUCCCAAUUGUCCU